AUAAAGCUAGCAGCGUUCGCAGUCAGAGCUCGUCAGAAAAGUGGAAACCAAUGAUUCCCAUAUGUCCAGUGGUCUCCUUCACCUAUGUGCCCAGCCGGCUAGGUGAAGAUGCCAAAAUGGCUACCGGCGGCAAUUAUUUUGGAUUUACCCACGGUGCUGCUGCGCAGUACAGUCACCAGCCAGCUGCUGGAGUAGCCUACACCCAUCCUACCACGGUGGCCAGCUACACUGUGCAUCAGGCACCAGUGGCUGCUCACACUGUAGCUGCAGCCUAUGCCCCCACAGCUGCCACUGUUGCUGUAGCUAGACCUGCACCUGUUGCUGUUGCAGCAGCAGCUACUGCGGCAGCUUACGGGGGAUACCAGCCUGCCCACGCUACCACAGAUUACGGCUAUGCCCAGCGCCAGCCUGAAGUGCCCCCACCACCUCCACCGGUCACUUCACAGAACUACCAGGAUUCCUAUUCUUAUGUUCGUUCCUCAGCUCCAGCUGUAGCCUACGACAGUAAACAAUACUACCAGCAACCCACAGCUACAGCAGCUGUAGUAGCAGCUGCUGCCCAACCACAGCCCACAGUGGCAGAGACCUACUACCAAACAGCCCCCAAAACAGGUUAUAGCCAGGGUGCCACACCAUAUACGCAGACCCAACAGACCCGCCAGGUUACAGCCAUAAAGCCAGCCACACAGAGUCCAGCCACCUCCACCUUCUCCAUCUACCCAGUGUCUUCUGCUGUGCAGCCAGUUGCAGCUGCUGCAGCCUCUGUGGUCCCUUCUUACUCUCAGAGCCCUACCUACAGCACAAAUGCUGUUACGUAUUCAGGCACGUCAUAUUCCGGCUAUGAGGCAGCGGUGUACUCUGCAGCGUCGUCUUACUACCAGCAGCAACAACAGCAACAGAAGCAAGCCGUCGCUGCCGCGGCAGCCACUGCUGCCUGGACUGGAAGCACUUUCACCAAGAAAACACCUUUCCAGAACAAAACACUCAAACCCAAGCAGCCACCAAAGCCACCCCAAAUACACUACUGCGACGUGUGUAAGAUUAGCUGCGCUGGGCCACAGACAUACAAGGAGCAUCUAGAGGGUCAGAAGCAUAAGAAGAAGGAGGCCGCGCUGAAGGUCUCUCAGAGCAGCAAUAGCAGCAGUGGUGGCAGCAGCUCAGCCCGAAGCGCACAGAACCAGCUUCGUUGCGAGCUUUGCGAUGUUGCCUGCACCGGGGCAGACGCCUAUGCUGCCCAUAUCCGUGGCGCUAAACACCAGAAGGUUGUAAAACUACACACGAAGCUUGGGAAACCCAUUCCUUCCACGGAGCCGAGUGUGGUGACCCAGACGUCCGCAUCCACCACAGCAGCUUCCAGUAAAACUGCCAGUGCUGCCAUCAACAGCUCCACCAACAGCACUGCAUCCACCAUGAACGUCUCCUCCACAGGCUCCAGUUCCUCCUACCUGAAACCACUCGGCAUGGUGAACAACACUGCGGCCUCGGCUAUGCAGGGCAAGAAUCCUGCUCCCGGCAGCCUUUCCUCAGCCGUGAUCAAGAAAGUCAACACGCCCAAGAUAAAUUUCGUUGGUGGAAACAAAUUACAGACCACUGGUGUUAAGGUAGAUGAGUCAAAAGCUGAGGCAGCCAAACCUGCACAGACCUCGUUAGGAGUACCAUCGCAGGAAGUUAAAAAUGAUGCCCCUGAUCCGCUGUCCCCUCAGUCAGCUCUGGUGGCUUUGCAGAGUGACGUCCAGCCUGUUGGCCAUGACUAUGUUGAAGAGGUUCGGAAUGAUGAAGGAAAAGUCAUCCGGUUCCACUGCAAGCUGUGUGAAUGCAGUUUUAACGAUCCCAAUGCAAAGGAAAUGCAUCUUAAAGGGAGGCGACAUCGUUUGCAAUAUAAGAAAAAAGUGAACCCAGACCUCCAGGUGGAAGUGAAGCCCAGCAUCCGAGCCCGAAAGAUCCAGGAGGAGAAGAUGAGGAAACAAAUGCAAAAGGAAGAAUACUGGCGCCGCCGUGAAGAAGAGGAGCGCUGGAGGAUGGAGAUGAGGCGCUAUGAGGAGGAUAUGUACUGGCGACGAAUGGAGGAAGAGCAACACCACUGGGAGGAGAGGCGUCGGAUGCCUGAUGGUGGCUAUCCACAAGGUCCACCUGGACCUCCUGGUCUGCUUGGGGUGAGACCUGGAAUGCCCAUCCCACAGCCGCAAGGCCCUGUGCCCCCACGGCGCCCUGAUUCUUCCGACGAUCGUUAUGUGAUGACGAAGCACGCUGCUAUUUACCCAUCUGAAGAGGAGCUCCAGGCCAUUCAGAAGAUUGUGUCAAUCACUGAGCGUGCCCUCAAGCUUGUUUCGGACAUCAUUACUGACCAAGACAAAGGCAAAGAGGAGGAUAAGGAUAAGAAAGAGCCUCCCAAAGACAGAGCACUGAAGGGCGUGAUGAGGGUCGGUGUUCUGGCCAAAGGACUACUCCUGCGUGGAGAUAAGAAUGUCAACCUUGUUCUCCUUUGCUCUGAGAAACCCAGCAAGAGUCUGCUGUCACGCAUUGUAGAGCACCUCCCUAAACAGCUUGCACUUGUCACACCAGAGAAGUAUGAGGUGAAAGGCUCGGUCCAAGAAGCUGCAAUUAUCUUGACUUCCUGUGCUGAGCCCAAGAUGCAGGUGACCAUCACGCUGACCUCGCCGGUCAUCAGAGAAGAGAACACACGGGAUGGAGAUGUAACCUCGGGUAUGGUGAAAGACCCAGCGGACGUCUUGGACAGGCAAAAAUGCCUUGACGCUCUGGCUGCCCUACGCCACGCUAAGUGGUUCCAGGCUAGAGCCAAUGGACUCCAGUCCUGCGUGAUUGUUAUUCGUAUCCUGCGUGACCUUUGUCAGAGAGUACCCACCUGGUCUGCUUUCCCAAGCUGGGCCAUGGAACUGCUUGUGGAGAAGGCGAUCAGCAGCGCCGCUGGACCGAUGAGCCCUGGUGACGCACUGAGACGAGUCUUUGAGUGUAUUGCCUCUGGCAUUCUGCUCCCUGGUGGCCCAGGGUUAAUGGACCCCUGUGAGAAAAAUCCAACCGACACCCUGGGGACAAUGGAGGAGCAGCAGAGAGAGGACAUCACAUCUAGUGCACAGUUUGCCUUGCGGCUCUUGGCGUUCCGUCAGAUCCAUAAGGUUCUAGGCAUGGACCCCUUGCCUCAGUUGAACCCACGCUUUAACGUGAGGAACAAUCGCAAGAGGAGGCGUGACAACAGUGAUGGCACAGACGGCUUCGAGGGUGAGGGGAAGAAGGACAAGAAGGACUUUGACGGCUUCUAAGCCGCUUCACAGCAAGCUUCACAGGCUCACCCAUACCUUGUUCAAAGUCUUUUGUAUUCCAGUGGUGCAAAAGCUGACUUUUGUCGGUCUCUGCGUGUGCUCGUUGCUGCUGCUCAGAAAGAAUUUGUUUGUCAGAAGCGCAUUAUUGAGCAUCUUGAUGGCUUUGUUUGCUUCUAGUGCCCGUAAAUGACCUACGACGGCAGCUUGGUCAAUGUUAAACUUCAUUUCAACAGCGCGUCAUUAUUUACUAAAAUAUUUAACGCCCCAAAUUAUUCUGGUGACAAAAGAGCCUGUAACUGGAUAGUUUAUUAACCGAUGUACAUUAAUGGAUUUUGCUUGUGCUGACUGUAAUUAAGAUAUUUGUACACUUUGUCAAGGGGAUGUUUAACAUAUUUCAAGAUCUCAAACUUAAAUGGACCUAUGGGACAUGUAUGAAAAGAUUGCUACGAAUAAAUCAGAUUCUGCUGCAUGCAGGAAGAAGGUUUUGGGGAUUGUUAGGUCACCCUCAGGAACUAAGACGACCCAUGUUGUAAUUCGUACUAAAGCUGAAUUCCUCUCUAGCUUGGUAUGUCCUAAGGGAACAUGUUCAAAUCAUGUUUUGGUGAUUUUAAAACAAAAAAUCUGAACCAUACAAUAGAACUUUUUUUUUUCUUUCUUUUUGCUACAUUUUUAAAAUUGCAAUCCAAUAAUUUGACACUGGCUUAUGCUUAGGAUUGUUGUGUGGGUUUUUUUUUUUUUUGUGUGUAUUUUGAACAGACAUUCCUCAUAACAGCAAAGCUUGAUCUAAACUGUAACCUGUUCAUUGUGUUUUAAUGAAUGGUGACUGGGCAUUGGAGUAUAAAACCUCAUGUUCCUCAGCGCUAAUACAACCUGCCAGUUCCCUUUUAGCACUUUGUGAUGUACAUCUUUGGCUAUAGAGUACCAUCCAGUAGGAAAAUGUCCCAAUUCUGUUAUGCAAGUGGGGUGAAAUUGCGCUCGUUUCAAGGCUAUUCUCAUGUUUGCAAGCUUCUGUUGCAUCGCUGUAGGACUCUGAUCUCUUGACGGCAGACAAAUGUGUUGGGGGGCCCCCCAUUCUCAGUGGUCCCCAAUUCAUUUCUAAACUAGAUGACUUUGUGAUUUUUAGAAAUAACCACAACAUUUACUUGAGCAUGUCCUCAUGAGUGGUUCAAGAUUUGCAAAGGAAAUCCCUCUGACUGAGGGAGGUGUUAAAUCCUGUAUCACUUAUUUGUAAUAGGCCCAAAUCUGCCUAACACUUGUGUUCAUAGUGCUGUAAUCCCUGAAUGUGUACAUAUGCAUAUAAUCAUAUGUAGCAAUGUGUAGGCUAUGUUUGAUCUUUAAUAUAUGAGCAUAUAUCUAAUCUUACAAUAGAGCUUCAAAUUGUAUAAUUUUAUGGAAGCAUGGCAAUGUUCCAAGUUUUGAUUUGUUUUAUUUGUUUAGAUCAGCUGCUUGCGCUUCAUUUAACUGUUUGUUUAAAGAAAAUCUAUUCAAGGGUGAAAAAAUGGGGAAAGUGUUGCUUCUGUGUUUUUAAUUGCAGGUGUAGAUUUAUCCUUUCAAUAGCUUGUCAUUUGCCGUCAUGGUGGUACUGCAUAACGAUAGAGGACAAUAAAAACCUUCACAGAA